AAUGAUUUUGAUUGGAUGAACGACGGUAGGGGGCGGGUCCAAACUCGCCAUAUAUUGAGGCUGGAGGCUGUGGUGAGGAACAGAAGGUUAGAACUGCUCGACCUCGACACAUUCUGCCAGUGUCCCAGCGUCUGUACGAUGAAUUCCUUCGUUGUCAUCACAACGGCGGUCCUGCUCGGGGUGUUUUGUACCCUGACCUCCGCCCAGGCCAACGCCAAAGUUAACUCCCUUUUCAGCAGGUUUUUCAACACCGCCAAAGCCUCGCUGCCCACCGCCACCUGCGACUGGCUCCAGGACCACAGCAAGCUGCAGGAGCUCCGAUGGGCGGAGGACGUGGACCUCUGCUUCAACACUGGACCUGGUUACACCUACCCAGAGGCCGAUGUCCAGACCGCUCUCAAGAAUGACCCCGCCGCCUCCGAGUUCCUCAGCUACGUGACGCAGUGCUACAGCUCCCAGACCCAGAACUACUACAACGCCUGGAACAACGUGCUGUACACUCAGGACCUGUGCCCGGUGCGCCCCACGCUGCUGGACAAGGUGUGGCGCUACAACCACAUCGACCGCCGCCAGGACCACUGCUACAUCGUGCAGCCCGAGGUGCAGCGUGUCGCCCUCGCCCAGUGCGGUGACGGACUCGGCCAGCCCAACUCCCAGAAGUGUAAGCGCGACGCCACCUCCUACUUCGAGGGUAACUACUUCUGCGUGCCUGACGGCUACGUCAAGCGGACCGUCCUCAUCUACUGUCCCUGGGACCCCGAGGUGCAGUGCAUCCCCGCCCGCGUCCGCAUCCCCACCGGCUGCAGCUGCAAGCAGUACACCUGCGACAAGGUCCGUGCAUCCGUCAGCGGCAAGUAAAGUGCCGCUGCCGUGCCGCUACCGCGCCGCGUGGUCCUUCUAACUCCUAGCACACAGCGACGACGAUCCUGAUUUUGUUUUCGACGACGAACGAAAGAUACUCUGAGAUGAAGUGUAUGUGAGUGUCUGCUGCUUUUCUGUCUGCACAAUCAGAUACCACUUUUUUGUAUGGGACUUUGUUUGUUUUUAACUCAAUGUGAAAAGAUUUUGUUUGCUAUUUACAAAUAUCGUGCUGACAUCUUAUCGUACGUGUAUGUUUAUUCUGAUUUUUCUCUGUUCUGUCUCGUUUCUCUAUUCUGAUGUAACCAGUGGUUUCUCAGAGACAUUUACCAUGUGUGUAAACUCUGAUCUCCAUUUUGUAAUAUACUGCAUCCUUGAGAUUUAUAAAUAUUUGGUGUACAGAUGGCAUAGAUUCACACUUUGUACAUAUGUAACAUAGUUUCAGUUAUUUGUACAGUUAUGUCAGUUAUGUCUUGUCGUGCAAUAUUUAUUGAACAUUGUGAGCUUCUAAAAUGAUUUCUUACAUGAGAAUUGAACAACAAUAUCCAUGAUAUCUCAUGACACGGAAAUAUAUGUAAUCAUGAAAAAAAAAUUGCAGAGCUAAAUGAUAUGACAAAGUAAUGAGAAUACAAACAAACUUCUUACCAAAAACAGA